CCGAACCGGGUAGGGGUCGGGUUCAGGGUCGGCCGAGCGGACAACUAAUCCCUUCUUCUUCGUAUAUCUCGCGCAUUGAAUACCGACUUAGGGUUCCUAUUUCUUCCGCGAAGAGCCAGUAGCAUGUGGUGUGACACCUCGCACCCUUCUUCCUCUUUUCUUCUCGAUCGAUCUCUAAACAGCGUUACAGCUUGUAUAAUUGGUAUUUAUCAUGAUUUGCUUCUCUCACUUCUUCUGUGCUCAUGGAUUAGGCUAAAUUCCGCGGUGGCGCUAGAUUGUCGUCCCCUUCAUCAUGGCGGAUUGGCUGACCAUAAUCCUUUAUUGGAAGUCUGUAUCUUUUCUUAGUUAUCUUAGGAAAACUGUGCAUAGAAGUAACCCCUGGCUCAAAAAUUGCUUUUAUUUCUGAGGAGUUAUGCAUUGGAUGUCAUAUUUGUGUUAAGAAAUGCCCAUUUGAGGCCAUUCAGAUUAUCAAUCAUUCAAUCUACCAAAGGAUUUAGAUAAAGAUACAACCUACCGGUAUGGUCCAAAUAUAUUUAAAUUGCACAGGUUGCCAGUUCCAAGACCUGGACGGGUUCUGGGUCUGGUUGGGACAAAUGGUAUUGGAAAGUCAACUGCACUUAAAGUGUUGGCUGGGAAGUUGAAGCCUAACUUGGGACGAUUCAAUAACCCUCCUGAUUGGCAGGAAAUAUUGAUGUAUAUCCGUGGCUCUGAGCUUCAGAAUUAGUUUACUCGUAUACUGGAAGACAAUCUAAAGAUUUUUGAAAGCUACUAUUUGCCAAGGGAAUGUCUACAAAGAACGUUAUACAAGUUGAGUUACACUAGUCGACAAGUUUGACAAGCCAUGGGAAGGUGUUGUUGGAUGUACAUAUAACGCAUAGAAUCUUGUAAGCUGCAUGGGUGAGACCAGAACACAGAAAUGUGCCAUUCAUGGGAUGUUUGGAUUUUAAAUUAGUUUGAUACACUGCAACUACUGAAUGGUUUGGAUACCUCAUCAAAUUCCAAUAAAGUGACUAGAGUUGAAGUGAUUAGCUUGGACUCCGACAAGGUUGUACUGGAUCUACAUAGCCUCUGCAACCUAAAACUGAACCAUGAUUAUUCACCAGGCAAAGCUACAGGAAAGUGAAGCUGCUGCAAUCUACAAAGGAAUAUGUUGGUGGCCAGAUGCAGACAAGCCAUAGGAGUGCUAAAAGGGAGAGAGAGAGAGAGAGAGGACUGCCCAUGACUGCCUCUAUUCAAUCCCAAUAAUCCAAUGUCAGCUUACAAAUGCUGCUUCUACUGAAGAUUGUGACUAAUUGUUCUAAAUUGUUUUGGUAUAAAUUGCCACUGAUUGUUCUAAAUUGGUUUAUUGUAUAUGUAUAUUCACAAUUAUGCCCAACAAUUGCUUCUCUCACUAUUAAUUCAUCAUUUAGGAACAUUAAUUCAUCUAUUACUUGGGAAUCAAAUCCUUUCCUACUUUUCUACCCAAACUCAUCUCAGCUCCAUAUGGUUUUAGCUGGUCAGGUAGAUUCAGAUGCAUGAAAAAUAAAGAUUAGGGUCAUCUUAAUUUGAUCUUCUUUGUCACAGGAUUCAUAUGAUAAAUAAAGAUUCUUUCUUUGAUCAUAAUUACCACACGCUUAACUCUUCUUCUCAAUGGAGGAUAGACUCAUGCCUCAUCAAAUCCCCAUCGAAUUAGAACAGUUGGGUAAAUGGAGGUUCUGAGAGUGCCAUUCAUGUGGCCAAGCCUAUAUUGCCAACCUUGCGAUACACAUUCACUACCAUCUCCUGUUGUGAAUGCACUGCCACCUCCUUUUUGCCCUACUUUAUCAUAUAACAAAAGCAGGAAAAAUUAAGAAGGAUGAAGAAAGAAUAUGAAGAAACAUAUAACACAAGCAAAAGUAUUAAAGAAGGGAGAAAGAGAAGAAGAUAAACCACAAGAGGCUUCAGUGAGUAUUUAUUUAGGUUUCUCCGAGCAUGCUUGUGUUCUCAUUCUUUUCUCUCCGUUAUUAGAACAGAAAGAAAGGCUUCGAAUUAGAAUUGAGUUGCAGUGUCAACAAAUAAAGGGUGUGGAAGUAUAAAGAGAGAUGGAGGAGAAACAACAUGCAGGCAUGAGAAGAGGAGUGUUUCAGAGUUCCAUGGUGCAGCAGAUGGUGGAAGGAAAACCAACCUGGUGGUGGAGCACGAACGGUGACAUGAGACCACCUCCUCGGCCCUCUUCUUCUUCUUCUUCUUCUUCUUCUUCUUCUUCUACUUCUUCUUCUUCUCGGUCCUCGUCCUCUUCUUCGGUCUGCCCUCAGUUCUCACGGCCUUCUAAUACUCCAAUGACUUCUUGGCAAGAUGGCCAAGGCAUACCAGAGUCAUGGUGCCAGCUCUUGUUCGGAGGGUUUGUGGGAGAAGAAGAGAAGCAUGGUUUGAUGAUGCCUUUGCAGACCAUGAACUGUGAGCAACAGGUCUACCCAUCAGCUCCUGCACAGAUAGCUGACACAGAACAAGAGUUGUGUGGAAGAGGAUACGUGCACAUGAACGAAGAAAUCCACGCCUCUAAAUCGACAUGGAGCCAAGUCCUACCAGCUUCAUCUCCCAGCUCCUGCAUCACGACUAGCUUCAGCACCAAUGUGUUGACCUUCUCGAGCAAAGCAGAUCAGCUCCCGGACACUUCAUCUGAGUGCAACAGCAUAGAAACUGCUCCAGCAUUCAAGAAGGCUAGGCUCGAAGGCUCUUCCUCCCCAAAAUCUAAUCCCAAGGUGAGGAAGGAGAAGUUAGGGGAGAGAAUUACAGCACUUCACCAGAUAGUUUCCCCAUUUGGAAAGACAGACACUGCAUCCGUAUUGCUAGAAGCCAUUGGCUACAUCAGAUUCCUCCACAGUCAAAUUGAGGUUCUGAGCUCGUCGUACCUGCCCGCUGCAUCAGGAGACCUGAGUCAGCCUAUCUUGAAUGAGAAUGGCAUGAAGAACGGUGGAGAACAAGAUCAGGAAUGCAAUGAUGAACAGAAGAAAGACCUCAGGAGUCGAGGGCUCUGCCUCGUCCCUGUCGCCUUCAUGAUGCAUGUAGGGAGUGGUAAUGGAGCCGAUCUCUGGGCUCCAGCGCUCGGUGGGGGCUUCCGUUGAGGCUUACGACUUGUUGCUUUGCCUGCUUUGGGGACUGCAGGUUGGCAAGGCAUCAUUGGCUGUCACUCUGCCGAAAGAGAAGACUGAUCGCUUAUGAUGCUGUGGAUUGCGAUCAGCCAGAUGGCAGAGACAUGUUUGUUCUAUAGAUUCUCUCGGCGAUCAGCUAUGAUUGUAUCUUUACUCCAGUGUGAUCUAUCAGCAGUUUCUUGAAAUGUGGCAAUUAGGGUUUCAAUUUA